AUGGUCCCGGCGGCCCUGCCACCAUCCCUCGCGGCGAAACUCUCCGCUAACCUAAGAUACCUCGAAAUGCCCCUCAUGGCGGUUGCAAGUCUUCGAUGGGACGGUGUGCUCAGAGGCUUCUCUGGGCUACGAGAGCUUUGCAUCCGACCUUUCGCCAUCCAAGUCCCAGGCCCGGCUGACCUACCAGAUGAAUGGGAUGUCAGGGGGCCGCUACCACCCUCGCUACGAGCGCCAUUACAGGCACUUAGGUUUUCAUUUGGACUACCACACUCCUGGCCUGGGGAUGUCAGCUGGCGCCGGCUGCUGUUACCAGUAUCUAACGAGCUCCUGCACUUCGGCUUGGCGGUCAGAAAGCUCAAGAGUCGCCGACUUGCACGCCAUAUCCCUGUACCAAAUCUCCUGCCAAUCACACACCCUGACUAUGCUUGCCGAACUGCAGAGUACAAGCGCUCGUACUGGCUUGCGAUCUACAUACUCGAGUGGAUGAUGGAUCUGCGACGUCACGUCUUCCUCAGCGUUCAAGGCGAUGAGCCAGAAACGCACUGGGUCUACGCCCACGUAGCUAAUGGGCACAUCGAUUUCCUGAGGAUCUUUUACUCCACGCUGCUGGUUAUGUGGCAAGAGGGCGAUCCAAACGGCCUGCCCGCUUUGAGAACAACCCUUCUUGAGCGCCAGACAAUGGGUGUGGGGCCUUUGAAAAUCAAGCUGGCUAUACAAUUGUUCAUCCAGCGCCCUGAGGAGGACAAGGUACACCUUUGUGAAAUCGAAUGGGACCUUCUCAAAGAAUGGUACUGGGACGUGCCUGUUAGUCAACCCUACGUGCCCGAGCCUCGAGAUCAAGCUGCAUUUGACCAGCUUCUGGGGCGCGCAGUAGACAUAGAGUGGGUUUAG